GGCGACUCACUGAGGUGUUCAGCUCCUUUCCCUGCGCAGGGGCUUGGUCCCAGGACAUGCUCCAUCACUCCAGCACCCAUCAAGCUGAUGCCGCCUGGGAGAGGGCUGGUGGCUGAGGGGAUGGUGUUCCGAGGUUCUGGCCCACACCCUGCCAGAGGCUACGCAUCUGCUUGACAAGGCUGUCGUGUUAUGACGACCCCCAACAAAGGAAACAAGGCCUUGAAGGUGAAGCGGGAGCCAGGUGAGAAUGGGACCAGCUUGACAGAUGAGGAGCUGGUGACCAUGUCUGUGCGGGAGCUGAACCAGCAUCUGCGGGGCCUGUCAAAGGAGGAGAUCAUCCAGCUGAAGCAGCGCCGGCGCACGCUGAAGAACCGGGGCUAUGCAGCCAGCUGCAGAGUCAAGCGUGUUACCCAGAAGGAGGAACUGGAGAAGCAGAAGGCAGAGCUGCAGCAAGAAGUAGAGAAGCUGGCAUCAGAGAACGCCAGCAUGAAAAUGGAACUCGAUGCUCUCCGCUCCAAAUAUGAGGCUCUCCAGAACUUCGCCAGAACCGUGGCCCGGAGCCCUGUGACCCCUGCACGGGGGCCUCUCACCUCCAGUAUGGGUCCCCUCAUCCCUGGCAAGGUCGCUACUACCAGUGUCAUCACGAUAGUGAAAUCCAAAACGGACGCUCGGUCUUAGUGAAGCGAGAGUUGCCUCAGCUUGUCUGUGCAGGGCAGUUAGGCACAAAACCAGCUUGGAACCCCCAAAGCACAAACCCUCCCCAGAUGGGUCCGGGUUCCUUCUACUUGGCCCAGGACUGGCCUGCUGAUCACUCCAGUUUUGUUUUGUUGUGUCCAGAUUGGUAUGAGCAGUGGUGAUGCGUCCCUUGUCCUGUGCAGACAGAGCCUCCCGCCCAGUGAUCUGCAGCCCUCGGGCGCCCUUGGGACAAGCUGCGAGAUCUUGGGUUUGUAGCCAAGGAACGUCUGUGCAGUGACUGAGGGCAGGCGAUGGGAAGGCUGGGGAAGGUCUGGAGGGAGGCUUUCUUCCCAGGGCUGGGAACCCUAGUUUUCAGUCACUUCCAAAGGUUUUAUUUCAUUACUCUUCCUGGUGGUGCAUUGCGGUGCCUGACUGCCAGGCGCCUGAACCUGCUGCUUUUGUCUCCUUUGGUACCUGUAGUUGCAGUUGGGGUGUUCUGUGUAGUAGGUUUGUAUUCCUUUCUCAGUGUGCCUCUGUGCCCUGACAGUGGGUUUCCCUCAGAUGUCCGUGGCGUUAGCUGUGUGAACUAGCAGUGGUGGACAGGAAGAUGCUGCUGUGCCCCUGCCUCUGCCCCAGCGCUGGGCCAGAGCACCCCAGGGGAGGGAGGGACGGAAGGUACCAUGUCGACUGCAGGCCGGUUUUGUGCCUAAUGUCUUGCACUGAACAAGACCAAACUCACUAGUUGUUCCCGUGUUUUGAGGGUAUCAAGUGUCUCUAGUGUGAUGGUUUACACAACCAGUUUAUGUGGUUAAAUAGCCCUUUAUUUAAAGAGAGAAACAUCAUUUUAAGAGUUAUUAAAUUAUCUAAGUUUAAAAUUAAAAUCAGACAGAAAAGAGAGCGUAUUUAUAGUCAGCUUUUUUAUCUGAGAGGGCGAGAAUAUUUGGCCAUCUGAAUGGGGAAAUAUUCUCGGAGACUUUGCUAGUAAAAAGUUAAUAAAGAAAUAAUUUUAAAGUUUCUCAUGAACCUCCCGCACCCGUGGCUCUGAGGUUAGUUUUUAUAAAGAGUUAUCAGACUUUAUUUAUAAAACUUAGAAAAAGACAAAAAAAGAGGCAAGUCCUGUUUGAUAUCUUUUUGCAGUUGUACCAAAAGUGACUUAUUCUUGACCUCGUUGGCUUCCGUCGUGUCCCCUCGUGUUGCGCUCUCUGUUCUCUGAGCUCGCUGUGCUGUGCUGGUGCCAGUGCCUGCCUUCGCCAUGUGCUGUUGCUUUCUCGCUGCCGUUGUUUUCCCUAAACUCAACUGAGAGAUGGAGUUGGCAUCUCUGCAUUCUCCGGGAGGAUUUUGGCACACUGGCAAAGGGGCUGCUGUUCUUGAGGGCAGGAGUGGACGGCUGGUGCAGCUAUUGGUGCUGCCUGUCCAGAAACACGUCUCUGCAGAGGUGUGCUGCACGAGCAGCCGGCACCGGGGCACUGUUACCUGAAUGGGGAAACUGUGCUCUCCUCUCUCCAGCAGAGCUGGCAGAGGAGUAAUAUAAGGGAGCACUGUCCAAGUUUAGGAAGAGGCUGAUGGGAUUUGACUGUGGAAUUGGAUCCUGUGGUCAGAGCUUGUGUUGCUCUUGGGGCUUUUCUGACAGGGGACAGUGCUGGUUCUGAGUGUCUGUAGUGCUGGAAAUGGAGCUGUGGCCUGGUUGCUGCCCGGCCUGGUACAGCUCCUGCUUGUGGGUGUUGGAGGAGCCCUCAAGAGCUGUGUGACACAGCUGAGGAGCUGUUUGUGGCCAGGCUCUGUUUCCUCAAACACUUUGAUCCCCCCUGCCCUCCCCAAAGCUUUGAGCUGAUUACUGAGUAGCUGCAGAGAAGCAGGACGUGGGGGUGAAGUCCAUGUGAGCUCCUGGCUGCCCAAAGUCUCCUGAGUGGAGGGGACGGGCCAGGAUGGGACAAGUGAUGCUGCAGCCUUGCGGGAGGCGGUUUACUGUACUUGGUGGGUUUGAUGCAUUGCUCAUGUAGCUGAUCUGGUACUGUUGUCCUCGGGGCUGAGCAGCAGGUAAGCUGCAAUGUGGCAGUAGAGGAGCAGAUAGUUGGUGGGGAUUUCCUGCUGGAGGAGGAGGUCAGCUUUGCUCUGACUGGUUGGGAGUUUAGGGAGAGCUGUUUUGAAAGGUUUUCCCAGUCCCAGAACUUUCUGAACGGGGAGCAGGUUAGAACAUUGCCUCCAGGUUUCCCUCUCCCAGCUGAAGCAUGCUGCUUCCCAGCUGUUGACUGGCUGGGCACUGAGCAGCGCUUGGAGCUCUGGGUCUAACCUUUGUCUUCCAGCUGGUGAUGUGCCGGGAAGAGGUGAGACCUUCCAAAACACGAUGACCUCCAGUUGCUUGGGUGUCAGUCCCAGCCCUGUCCCUCCUGGUGCCAGCCUGAGGUCAGACCUGUCCAGAGCUGAGUUCUGAACCCAGCUGGAGGCCUGGUCCUGCCCUGCUGCUGGUGAGACUGCUGCUCUGGAGGGAGACCCAGAGCCAGGAGGGCAGAGCCGGCGGCAGCGCUGCUCCCCCCCCCGUUGUUAGCGCUGCCGCUCUGGGAGCCGGUGCGGGGCCGGGUGCGGAGGGGACACGGAUUCCUCGCGGGUGGCUCUGUCCGGGGAGAUGUGCGGGACCCAGUGAUGUCUGUGCCGGCGGUGCCCGGGGCCGUCCCGCGGCCUCUCGUGUACAGUGUUCCUGCGUGUGGCGGUUCUUGUCCAGGGGUGCUCGUCCGUUUGGUUCCCUGCUGUGAAGGUGUCGUGUUUCCUUUCUCCCGCCCCGGGGGCCGGGGGGGGGCCGUGCCGCGGGCCCCCGGCGGUUGUGUAUCGUGUGGUGACUUGUGUACGGGCGCCGCUGCCCGGCGGAGCGGGCGGUAUUUAUUGGUAAGUUAUUGCCCGGCGCGGCCGGCCGGGCGCUAUUUAUUGCUGUACAUAGAGCCCGGCCGCCGCCGCCCUUUUGUACGUGACAAUAAAACCGCUUUCAAACA